UUUGCUUUUUAAUAAGUGAUACAAAAUGGCUCAUGUAAGUAUCUACGAAAUAUAUUGAUGUUUAAUAGUACAUUUUUACAUUGCGUUCAUCUCAUCUCAUCAUUGAUAUACCAAUUUUUUCAGUCAACAAAGGCAGCACCUAUGACCAGAGAUCAGACGAUGAUUUUAGUGCAGCUUGUGGCUGCUAGUAAAAUCAUUAACUGUAAGGCAACCAAUACGACGAAUAAUAAACUCAAGGAGCAAGCAUGGCAAGAUUUGACAAAUGAGUACAAUUCUUCAGUCACAAGUUUUCCACGAACUCCUUCGCAGUUGCGUUUAAAGUGGGAAAACCUCAAGAAAUCGGCUCGCAAACGCUGCGCAACUAUGAAAAGUAGUUGUAAUAAUACUGGAGGUGGCAAGGAUUAUUUUCCGCCAGAUGAAAUCUUAGACAAAGUAGCUUCACUUUUGGGUAAUACAUGUCAAGGUUUCUCUGUGGAGUUUGGUGGAGAUGCUACCAAUACCAAUAAUUUGAAUUUAUCUUUGGUCGAAGAAGAUGAGAGGCUUCUGCCUUUAAAUCGCUAUGCGAAUAAUGAUGGUGAUGGUGUUUAUGGUGGUGGUGUGGCUCAGGAGGAGGUGCUUAAAGAGACACAGAUUCUUGAGACAUUUCCCCCAAAAAACAAAAACUUUUUUUUAAAUAGGGCUAGUAGAAGUGGUUCUAUGGGUAAUUGGUGGUUACAUUAUUAGUAUUAAGUUGUUACUGAUACUUUCUUCCAAUAAAUUUGCC